AUGGAAGAGGGGCACAAGAGCAGCAGCAGCAGUUCCGUGACGCCGUCGCCAGCGCCGGCUGUACAAGGUACAACACUACAGGCAGCUCAGCUCUCUCAUAUUGCUCAACAGAUGUCUCUACGAGGUCCCGCUCCCCUGACAGUUGUUCAGCUUCCUGGAGAGCAAGUCCAGGUCCAGGGAGUCAUCCAGACAGCUCAGUCCUCCUCUGUGAUCCACUCACCUCAGGUGCAAACAGUGCAGGUGUCUUUGUCCGAGAGCGAGGACUCUCAGGACUCCUCGGACAGCAUUGGCUCCUCCCAGAAGGCUCGAGGCAUCUUGGCUCGUCGUCCCUCCUACCGCAAAAUUUUGAAAGAUCUUUCUUCUGAAGAUACCCGUGAUAGGAAAGGAGAUGAGGAGAGUCCUGGUGUCUCCACUGUUACCUCCAUGUCCGUUCCCACGCCCAUCUACCAGACGAGCACUGGACAAUACAGUAC